CAUCAGCGAAAGCUUCCUCACUGUGAAAGGCGCAGCUCUCUUCCUGCCGCGAGGAAAUGGGUCGUCUGCUCCCAGGAUCAGUCACAGGCGCAACAAGCAUGCAGGGGAUCUCCAGCAACACCUGCAGGCCAUGUUCAUACUGCUCCGCCCAGAAGACAACAUCCGACUGGCUGUAAGACUGGAAAGUACCUACCAGAACCGCACUAGAUACAUGGUGGUAGUGUCCACCAACGGCAGACAAGACACCGAAGAGAGCAUUGUCCUUGGAAUGGAUUUCUCUUCCAAUGACAGUAGCACUUGUACAAUGGGCUUGGUGCUGCCGCUGUGGAGCGACACCUUGAUCCACCUGGAUGGGGAUGGAGGGUUCAGCGUAUCAACAGAUAACAGGGUUCAUAUAUUCAAGCCAGUGUCUGUACAGGCAAUGUGGUCUGCUCUGCAGAGUUUACAUAAAGCUUGUGAGGUGGCACGGAGCAACAAUUACUACCCAGGGAGCCUCUUCCUCACGUGGGUCAGUUACUAUGAGAGCCAUAUCAACUCCGACCAGUCGUCAGUCAAUGAGUGGAACGCCAUGCAAGAUGUCCAGUCCCACCGGCCGGACUCGCCCGCUCUCUUCACAGAUGUCCCAACUGAGCGGGAACGCACGGAACGGCUAAUUAAGACCAAGUUAAGAGAGAUCAUGAUGCAGAAAGAUUUGGAGAACAUCACAUCAAAAGAGAUACGCACCGAGCUGGAGAUGCAGAUGGUGUGUAACUUGCGGGAGUUCAAAGAGUUCAUUGACAAUGAAAUGAUAGUGAUCCUUGGGCAGAUGGACAGCCCCACGCAGAUAUUUGAUCAUGUCUUUUUGGGCUCGGAAUGGAAUGCCUCCAAUUUGGAAGACUUGCAGAACAGAGGGGUGCGGUAUAUUUUGAAUGUGACUAGAGAAAUAGAUAACUUCUUCCCUGGGCUCUUCGAAUACCAUAACAUUCGGGUAUACGAUGAAGAAGCAACAGAUCUUCUGGCUUAUUGGAAUGACACCUACAAAUUCAUCUCCAAGGCAAAGAAAAAUGGUUCGAAGUGCCUGGUGCACUGCAAGAUGGGAGUGAGCCGCUCGGCAUCCACGGUGAUUGCCUACGCCAUGAAGGAGUACGGCUGGAACCUGGACAGGGCUUACGACUACGUGAAGGAACGCCGCACUGUCACGAAGCCCAACCCCAGCUUUAUGCGGCAGCUGGAGGAAUACCAAGGGAUCCUGCUGGCCAGCAAACAGCGGCAUAACAAACUGUGGCGCUCGCACUCGGACAGUGACCUCUCAGACCAUCACGAGCCCAUCUGCAAGUCUGGGCUGGAGCUGAACAAGAAGGAGAUCACCACAUCGGCCGACCAGAUCUCAGAGGCCAAGACCAAUGACAACCAGCAGCCGAUGUCUCCCAUCUACUCAGCUGAGCUGAACAGGGAGCAGCAGCUCCCAGAGGAUGCAAACAUGCUCGAGGAGAUGUGUGUGAAGGAGAGAAGGAUCCACCUAGAGUUUACAUGUCGAGACUUCCAUGCUGAGCAGAUUGAGGACAAGCUGAACCUGAACAAUAUCAAUGGCUGUACAGCAGGAUGUUGUGUAGACUCUGUCCCCCCUGAUAACUGCCACGCUUCUGAGGCCUUAAUGCAACUCCAGCACCCCUUGGAAAUAACAGAGUUUCCUGAUUUGACAGUGGAUGAUCUAGAAAAAGAUGCCCUUAAGCCUGAUAUGAACGUGCACUUGGUUCCCAUGGAAGAAUUCACUUCGUGCUUAAAAGACUUUCCCCAAUCCCCAAACCAAAAUUCCCCGAGUCUCCAACAGAAUCCCCAGCCCGAAGUGACAGACCUCAGUACAGACAGGAUAGAUUUCUUCAGCGCUUUGGAGAAAUUCGUGGAGCUAUCCCAGGAGAGCCGGUCACGCACCUGCUCCCAUUCCAGGACAGAGGAGCAAGGGAGUGGAAGGAAUGGGGUGUCCAGGGUGCCCGUGCUGGAAGUGCUGCCUGUUGCAGAUGGGGGUGCAGAUGCUCGAAGAAACAGCUCUGGAAACUCUCCUCAAGCAUCGGAUGACUCUUCCACAGAUGAAGAACAACAAAAGGAGGUCGCUGAGCUGCCUAGCGCAGGCCAUCUCAAGAGAUCCCACUCGGAAAAUGCCAUUUCUGUGAAGGAAAUUGUCACAGAGAUCGAGUCAAUCAACCAGGGAGCAGGACCUGCCCAGCAGAAGGAGGGCUCAGCCAGCCUCUCCCAGACACCAAAGAGGAACACGGUGCAUGACCUGCCUGUGGAGGCGAUUUGGGCAUCGGAAAGGGUGGAACAGAGCGAAGGAGCCUGUGCUGGACAGCAGGAAAAGGAGAAAGACCCUCUGCAAGCUGAGCAAGAGGCUGCCCCCUCCCUGCAGCCAUCUUCUGGUAAAUCAGACCUGGAGGAAAGCAGCCCUGGGGGAGAGCAGCAAGAGCCUCGUGGUUCCAUCAACCCUGAGCCCAAAUGGUGCCCUGGCUCCGUCCGGCGAGCCACCCUGGAGUUCGAGGAGCGCUUGAGACAGGAGCAAGAGCACCAGCACACAUCCCCAGUCUGCAUCUUACCAACCCGCAAGAACUCCAGGAACGAUGCUGCUGCCGCCGCCGAGCUCCUUCCACGAGGGAAGAGCGAGGAGCCGCCCCUGGAGCUGGCUCUGGAGGCCGACAAGGUGCGGGGUCCAGGCACUGAGGAGCUGCUGCUGCCUCCUGGGACAGAGUUGCCUGCAGGCAGACACUUGCCUGCGCCCCUCGCCUCCUCCGCACAGGAGUCCCUGCCUGCAGAGCCCAGCCUGGGGCAGGAGGAAACGACACAAGAGCGCAGGACAGUGGUCUCAUUUGAUGGGACAGAGGAGCCAUCUCUGCCCUCCCUCCUCCCGAAGAGAAUUGAAAUCAUCGAAUACACUCCCACGGUCAAGUCUGCAGAGCACCCCAAUGCAAGCUGUGAGCAGGGCGGGCUGGCCGCAGCCAUCCCGUCUUUAGAUGAAAACUUGAACCCUUCAUUGUGCUCGGAGAAGGCGCCAACCUGUCUCAGAGCUCUGACGCUGGUAAAUCUCUUACUGCCGGAGCACGCGGUACAGAAGCAGGCCACCUUCACUGUGGGCAGCCCCAGCGAGGAAGGCGAUGGGUUAUCUGUUCACCUCGGGGCUGCUUCCCCCUCUGCCCAGGUGACCUCUACGCCUUUGGCCAGUCUAGAUCGCUCUUCCUGCCCCUAUGUAAUUCACCUGGAAGGCGUCACUGAGCAGAGCACGGGUACAGACGAUGAGCUGGUCACGCCAUGUGGCGUUGAGGGAGAUGCGACUCUCCCAUUCAGGGACGGACUCGAGCCUCUCUGCAGAGAGGGUGCCGGCACCUCGAGGCAGCUGAGCGACGAGGACUUCACCAGCCAACGUGCUGAAAACAUGGACCUUCUGGACAUCUCUUUCCUGUGCUACGGCGUCCCCCACAGCUCCAGCAGCCACAGCAUGGAGGAGCACAGCAACAGCCCCGGGCUGGUCAAGCAGCGAGCGAAGGAAAUAGAGGCUCGGAUCCGGCACGCAGGACUCACCACACCCUCCCACAUGAAGCGCUCGGCAUCCUUGGCCAAACUGGACUGCCUGGACCUCUCCAAGGACGACUUAUCCGAGAGGGAGUUGGCCUCUUCCAACGCCAACCCAGUGCUUCUCACCUGCGUUGCCCUCGGUCGAGGCUUUCGCGGGGGGAGGUUGGAGAGGGGCUCAGAAAGCACGUGCGGAAAGCAUCGCCUUUCCUCCCCAGAGCCCGCUAAGCAUUUUGUGGAACAGCUCAGAACAGCCGAGUGCAUUGCCCAGAGCAAGCCAGUGGAGAGGCCGCUAGCUCAGUACGCCAAAGAGUGCGGCUCCAGCCAGCAGAGUUUGUUUUCCAGCGCGGAUCCGACGUGGACUAGCUCCGAGGAGGGUCCUUCACUGCUCCAUGUGCAGGUCCUGGACUCCUUGUCUCCAGCUCAAGGUCUGGCUGUCGCACCCCGGCAGCAGCACGGGAGAACUCACCCUCUGAGGAGGCUCAAAAAGACCAAUGAUAAAAAGCGGACAACCAAUCCCCUCUACAAUACUAUGUGA